CGGUGGGCGCUGCGGCCGGCACCAUGUCCUGCUCGCUGCUCCCCUUCUGCCACUUCCAGGACCUGGAGGCGGCCCGCGACUUCCUGUGCCCGCAUCUCCGCCAGGGCGGCGCCGCGGCUGCCAGGGAGAGCGUAGAUAAAUCACCAAACUGGGAAGAUGAUGGCUGGGGAGCCUGGGAUGAAGCAGAAACACAAGAACCUGAAGAAGAAGAAGAAUCCACUUGCAAGACACAGACAAGUUACUGGCUUCAAGACUGUGUGUUAUCCUUGUCACCAGCAAAUGAUCUGAUGGUAAUAGCUCGUGAGCAGAAAGCUGUCUUUUUAGUGCCAAAAUGGAAAUAUAGCGACAAGGGAAAGGAGGAAAUGCAAUAUGCUGUUGGUUGGAGUGGCUCUCUGAAUGUUGAAGAAGGUGAAUGUGUAAGUAGUGCAUUGUGCAUUCCAUUGGCAAGCCAAAAGAGGAGCUCCACAGGCCGUCCUGAUUGGACCUGCAUCGUGGUAGGUUUUACCUCUGGCUACGUCCGUUUCUACACUGAGACUGGAGUCCUACUUCUUGCACAGCUCUUAAAUGAAGAUCCUGUCCUGCAGCUUAAAUGCAGAACCUAUGAGGUUCCAAGGCAUCCUGGAGUCACAGAACAGAAUGAAGAACUGAGUAUCCUGUAUCCAGCAGCAGUUGUGACUAUUGAUGGUUUCAGCCUCUUUCAGUCCCUUCGUGCUUGUCGUAAUCAGGUAGCAAGAGCCGCAGCAUCGGGCAAUGAGAACAUACAACCCCCACCAUUAGCCUAUAAGAAGUGGGGUUUGCAAGAUGUGGACACCAUAGUUGACCAUGCCAGUGUGGGUAUCAUGACUCUGUCUCCUUUUGAUCAAAUGAAGACUGCCUCCAAUAUAGGUGGUUAUAAUGCAGCUAUAAAGAAUAGUCCACCUACUAUGUCUCAGUACAUUACUGUAGGCUCCAAUCCUUUCACUGGUUUCUUUUAUGCCCUGGAGGGUAGCACGCAGCCAUUGUUGUCUCACGUUGCAUUAGCAGUUGCUAGUAAACUGACUUCAGCAUUCUUUAAUGCUGCCAGUGGCUGGCUUGGUUGGAAGAGUAAACAUGAAGAAGAGGCUGUCCAAAAGCAGAAACCAAAAGUUGAACCUGCUACCCCUUUAGCUGUGAGGUUUGGACUUCCAGAUUCCCGGCGCCAUGGUGAAAGCAUAUGUCUGUCUCCAUGUCACAUGUUGGCAGCAGUAACUGAUGACUUUGGAAGAGUUCUUUUACUGGAUGUUACACGAGGACUUGCCAUUCGCAUGUGGAAAGGAUAUCGUGAUGCACAAAUUGGUUGGAUUCAGACUGUAGAAGACCUUCAUGAAAGAGAAGCUGAAAAGAUGGAUUUUUCUCCUUUUGGAAGUACUCGAAGUCCAAGUAGAGUGGCUCAAUUUCUUGUGAUCUAUGCUCCAAGAAGAGGAAUCCUGGAAGUGUGGAGCACUCAACAAGGACCCCGGGUUGGUGCCUUCAAUGUGGGGAAACACUGUAGGUUGCUGUAUCCUGGCUAUAAAAUAAUGGGUUUAAACAAUAUGACCAGUCAAGGUUGGCAGUCUCAGACGUACCAGAUCUGUCUUGUUGAUCCAGUGUCUGGAAGCAUAAAAACUGUUCAUGUACCUUUCCAUUUAGCACUAAGUGAUAAAAAGAGUGAACGAGCAAAAGAUAUGCAUCUAGUGAAGAAGUUAAGUGCUUUACUCAAAGCUAAAACCUCAAAUCUGGACAUGGUUGAAGCUGAAGCAAAGGAAUUAAUUCUUGAUAUUAAAUACCCUGCUACAAAAAAACAGGCUUUGGAAAGCAUAUUGGCAAGUGAACGUGUACCACUCUCCGCGCUCUCAAACAUCACUCAGACUUUGAUGGACACCUUAAAAAACCAGGAGUUUGUGUGUGUUGAUGAAGGGUUGCUCCAGUUUUGUGCAAAUAAGUUAAAGCUGCUGCAUCUAUAUGAGUCAGUCAGCAAACUGAAUUCUUUGAGCAUGCAGCAAAGCACUCCGCUCUCUGAUAAUGAUUUGGCUAAACUACUCAGGCUGGAUGAAAAAGAGUUUGCUAGGCUCCAGACGUUAUUGGAAAACUACAAGCAAGAGAACACCCAAACCACCGUUCGAUUUGCUGAUGACAAAGAUGGUAUAUUGCCUGUGAAAAUGUUCUUGGAGUAUUUAGAAUGUGAAAAGGACAUGAUUCUAGUGAAGAAACUAGAUGAAGGAGAAUAUGUGGCUUUAGGGAGCUUUUUUUUCUGGAAAUGUUUGUGUGGAGAGAGUUCCACAGAGGAAAUGUGCCAUACACUGGAGUCUGCAGGAUUUAGCCCUCAGUUAUUAUUGUCUCUGCUUCUCAGUGUGUGGCUUUCCAAGGAAAAAGAUAUCCUAGAUGAACCACAGUCUAUCUGCUGUCUUCACACUACGCUGUCCCUUCUGAGCAAAAUGAAAGUUGCGAUAGAUGAGUCAUGGGAUUCUCAGUCAAUUUCCCCUUGGUGGCAGCAAAUGCGCACAGCUUGUAUUCAGUCUGAAAAUAAUGGAGCUGCCUUAUUAUCUGCACAUGUUGGGCAUUCCGUAACUGCACAGAUCACUGACAGCAUGGCAGAAAAAAAGUUUUCCCAAACAGUUGUAGGUGCUGACACAGAUUCUUGGGAAGCACUUUCCCUUGAUACUGAAUAUUGGAAACUUCUACUGAAACAAUUAGAAGAUUGUCUGAUACUUCAGACACUAUUGCACAGUAAAGUGAAAAAGAGGACAACCAGAGUAUCAUCUCUGCAGGCUGAGCCACUCUGCAGACUCUCUGUAAAGAAGUUGCUUGAAGGAGGGAAAGGAGGUAUUGCUGACAGUGUAGCAAAAUGGAUUUUCAAACAAGACUUCAGUCCCAUGAUACUGAAGCUGGCACAACGGAAAAAAGAGACCGAAAGUACAGAGGAACCUGUAGAAAUUGACAGGAAUGUUUCCCUUGAGAAACAAGGAGCAGAGACGGGCAUGGAAACAAUCCUAGAGUUGCUGCAUUUAGCAUAUCAGCAGUUUCCUUGUAGUCUUGAAUUGGAUAUACUACACACACAUUGUUGUUGGGAAUAUGUAGUGCAAUGGAAUAAAGAUCCGGAGGAAGCACGUUUUCUCAUUAGAUCUAUAGAUCACCUCAGAUGCAUUGUUAAUGCCCACAUACAGCAUGGUAUUGCUCUAAUGAUGUGGAAUACAUUUAUAGUAAAAAGGCUCUCUGCUGCUACAUACCUAAUGGACAAGGUUGGAAAAGCUCCGAAGGACAGAUUAUGCAGAAGGGAUGUAGGAAUGGGUGAUACUGCAAUGACAUCUUUUCUUGGCUCAUGUUCAGAUCUUCUUCAAACCUUAAUGGAGGCUGAUGUUAGUAGUGAUGAAAUGCAAGCUCCGGUAUUGGACACAGAAGAUGCCUGGGUGUCAGCUGAAGGACCAAUCUCAAUAGUAGAGCUAGCCCUGGAGCAGAAACACAUCCACUACCCACUUGUUGAACACCAUUCAGUAUUGUGCACUAUAUUAUACGGAAUCAUGAGGUUUUCUCUGAAGAGUGUGAAACCUCUCACGCUAUUUGACAGUAAGGGCAAAAAUGCAUUUUUCAAAGACCUGACUUCAAUUCAGUUGCUACCCAGUGGGGAUAUGGAUCCAAACGUGUUAUCCUUACGCCAACAAUUCCUAAUGAAAGCUGUGAGUGCAGUGGUCCAAGUACAGUACUCAGCACAAAAGGCCAGAGGGCUCCCAGAAGAGUCACCACUUCCUGCUGAAAAAGACAAGGACUGGCCAGCUUUGGCUCUGGAUUUGGCUCAGCAUCUUCAGCUCAGUGAGGAUGUGAUUAGAAGGCAUUAUGUAUGUGAACUGUAUAAUUACGGCAUGGAUCAUCUCGGAGAAGAGGCCAUUCUUCAAGUGCAUGACAAAGAAGUGCUUGCAUCACAGCUACUUGUGCUGACAGGCCAGAGACUGGCCUAUGCUUUACUACACACCCAGACGAAAGAAGGCAUGGAGCUGCUGGCCAGACUUCCUCCAACACUAUGUACCUGGCUUAAAGCUAUGGAUCCCCACGAUCUUCAAAAUGUCGAAGUGCCCAUUGCAACAACGGCGAAACUAGUAAACAAAGUAAUAGAGUACUUACCGGAAAACCAUGGGCAAUAUAGCCUUGCCUUGAAUCUGAUCGAGGCUGUAGAAGCAAUCUCUUCAUGACAAUUUACAUAGUAGUUUUAAACACUUCUGCUGUAAGAUGAGGUAGUGCAUGAUUUUACACACUGAGGCUGACCUUUGUAAAGGGAAAUGUUCAUGUGGCUUUUGUAAAAUAAACUUAAUUUAAAAGCUUUUACAAUGGAGUCCAUCUAAGUUCCACCCUAUUGUGCAUAAUAUACUAGGAGCUAGUAAUCUUUGUACAUUUGUCAAUAACUCAAAUGCUCUGCUAUUUAUUUUUAACUCAAGCAUUUGUGCUCUAGCUUAGAUAGAUGGUUACAUUUAACAGCAGUUUUAUUCCACUUAUUUACAAAUUAUAUUCUUACCCUAACAUGUGAGAUUCUAUAUUUCAUACUCUGAAAAACAUUAAAUGUAUUUUCCAUAUAUGCUUGGUUACUGAACAACAGUCAGUUGCAUAAAUCUGUAUCAUGUAAGGAAAAAUUUUAGGCUAUCAUGUUUUUCUGAAAUAAAAAUGGUCAUGUUUCACUUCCAUAAGAGUGUUACAUUCUGAAGGGCCCCUAACAGUUAAUCUUCGGAGGAGCCAGAGUUGAUGGAGGGGGCUCACUUUCUGUAACAGCAGUACAAAACACCCUACAUGGGGCUAAAAUUAGAAAGAGGAACCCAUCAAAGUUCAAGUAGUGGGGAAGAAUAUUUUUAAGACCAUCAACGUAGAAACAAACAUCACUUUACAAAUAAGGCCUCACCUAAACAGGAUUGGAGCAUAAAUUUCCUAGUGCAGCUCUUAUGAAAAUCCUGGUGUCCUAAUACUUCACUUCCUUAAAUAAGUUAUUUAGAACACACUCUUUUUGGUAAGAGUAGAACCACACCAUGGGAUAAUACACCCUCUAGGGUGUGAUUUCUAAAGUGCACUAAUGUAUAACACAUUAAAAUAGUAUUGUUAAAAUGUGCUAGGGAACUUCUAGUGUGCACCAGCAGGGUCUAUACAGACCCAUUAAAAUAUAAGAUGUUAGCUUGCUUUAGAAAUCAUACCCUUGUAAUGUGCAUUAUUGCCCACCGUGCUGAAGAUCUGUAAUACAGAAUACCUUGUGUGUUCUUCAUAGUGCAGUGCCACAGGAUGGCUGUAUUAUGCAGCCAGAAUCCUUAAGUUUUGGGUGGUAUUUUUCAAGCCAUCAGAAGCAGACCACCAGUCUUAUCUUACAGCAACUGAGUAUCCCUGUUGUACUCUGAUAUACAUGUUUUCUGCAAACAUCAGGACUGGAAGAAUGAUUCUCACCAAUUCCUGGCUUGAGCCUUUAUCAGUUAUAAUGGAAACAGCUAGCUGACUCCUGUAACUUGUACCUGUCUGCAAUUGUUAACUAUACACAAAAUCAUAAAUCUACCUUAUUAGAUAAAGGAAUGUGGUGAUAACAAUAGGAUAUAGGAUUCACCGAUACUAGAAGCAACCUACUCAGUAGUGAUUACCUUCUCUGAGGUGUGCUGCUGCUGCUAUCAGGGAACUACUGUUAAAACAGGAACAAGAACAGUUCUUGGAGGUAGGGACUGCCACUCGCCUGUAGAAUGACAAGCUACAAGAAGAGUUCACUUGAAAUAAACACUUAAAUUGACAGUCUGGUGAAGUUUACUUAUUCAGUAUUCUUGGCUCUUAAUGUACAAGAAUCAGUUUGCAAUGUGACUUCACUUCUAGCAAUAUGGAGGCUUUUUGAAAACAUGGCACUCUCAUAGACUUAAGGUCAGAAGGGACCAUUAUGAUCAUCUAGUCUGACCUCCUGCACAAUGCAGGCCACAGAAUCUCACCCAGCCACUCCUGUAACAAACCCCUAACCUAUGUCUGAGUUAUUU